ACAACUUUGUAUCAAGAUGGCGAUGAUGCUGCAGCAUAAAGCUGCGAAAGCAGUCAUACAACCUUCUUCUAAAUAUUACAUAGGGGACAAAAAUCCGGUUCUUAACGCUUUCGAAGAAGAAUACAAGCUUUUCAUACAGUUUAUGAAGAAGAGAGGUACACCUGGCCAUAAGAAAAAGGAUGAUGAACCGUUUGCUAGAGGACCCAACACCUUGUUCAACUUGUGGAACAAUUAUGAAGCUCGACUACCUUCCACCUACUACCAGAAGAAAGUCAUUGAGAUGGGAGACUUCUUGGUUUCGAUGAAGGAGUACAACUUGGCAGUGUGGCAGUGCUAUGGACGCUACCUUGAUCAGUUUGGUGAUCGGCACAUUGAAGACAUCGUGGACAUCAAGACUGUCAAGGCUAUAUUCUUCCCAGAUGGGCUAGAAACGGACAAUGCAAGUUUGACAUUCCGAGCAUUGUAUGGGAAGAGCAUCUGUAACUACCAGCUGGUGUUGAUGACGGACCCCAAGCUUCAGAACACCCAGUCUGUUGGCCAGUGUUUGAAGAUCCUGGCCUUCCUCCGGCUCAUUACCCAAGUGAUCCUACCCAGAGAAUCGCUUUGCUGGCUGGUCUACAAUGGCACAAUUCACAUCUACAGUGUAUCAAGACACAUGAUGACUUUGGGUCAUUCUGCAAAGGUAUUGGAGUUCCUUCUUUGGGCCUGUAUGUGCAUGGAAAACUCUGUACCUCUGAUGUCUGUACGCUAUUUGCAAUGGAGAACCACGCUGUACACUGCUGUGUGCCAGAGCUACUUUGACUGCAAGGCUCACCAACAAGCUGAGGGUUUCGCAAGGCGUGCUCUCGGAAAGGUGAAUGAAUUGAGUCAGCUAGAACAAAUCAGUUCUGCCCCACCUAGCCUGGAGGUUGAAGCAGUCUUCAGACAGGCAACCGUGAAGCUUGGCAUCAUGGUGUACAGACGUUCAGUGUUUGACCGGAAACGACCCAAAGGACUUCUGCGUCCUAAGACGAGGAGCAACGUGAAGGACUCACAAUCGCCUACCGAAGUCCGAACGGUCACUCUAGUAGCCAGUGACGGCCGCCUCAUCUGGCAUAAAACCACCAAACAACGACUAGAUGACCUUGUUAAGAAACAAGGAAAUAUCACAUGGCCUCGCACUCCUGUGGAGAAACUACUGUCCGAUAUGUUUGAAGGUAGUGCUGCUCAGUUCUUGGCCAUUCUUGAGACGCUGACCGACAGUACUCGCAGGACGUUGCUGACCAGUCCAGCUGCACCGGACACCGAGGAUUACAUCUUGGAUACUUUCUCUGAGCUCUUCUUUGCUGGAAUGGAGAUCAUUUCAGGUGGAGGAGGGAACCAACCUCGUAAUCCUCAGUCAGUCAACGACAUCAAUCUAUCUGGUGUCGUCCUGGAUAAAUCCUUGAUAGAAAUGGCCUCGGUAGCAGAGGAUGGCAUCCCUAUCUCGGCUGUUGUCAAAUUCCUCAAGUCAGCCUACAACUACGAGCAAUGGGAGGUGUAUGAAACACUGGUCUACCCUACCAUCGAGUUUCUCAAAAAUCAACCAGACAACCGAUACACCCACGAACUUCUCUCUGUGGAGAUCAUGCAAGCGAUGGAACCACUCAAUCCAAACAGGAAAUCUAAGAAGUCACAUACUCAGGUUGAGGAGCAGAUCAACGAGAUUGCUUCCCUACCUCUCCCUUCGGCUCCUGCAGGCUCCAUAUCAUCUCAGGAUCAUUGGGUUUACCUAGCAGAAGUCCUUUCAUCUUGCUCCAAGGAUCUCUCAGCUGAUUCUGUUGAUUUGGACAUGGUAGUAGAUGCCACCCUUUUCCUGUGGGCUAAGGUCAAAACUGUCUUCCAACGAGUUCAGACUGGAGCAUCGGACAGUGGCAAGUACCUGCAGAGAAUGGACAAUCCCAAUAAGUGGGUGCACAUUCUGAGUGUUCUCCAUGAGGUGGUGUAUUGGUGUGGUAUCGCCAACGUAGAUCCCGGACUUACAGCUGAGAUUGGCAUCAGACUUGCUCUAGUCCUCGAGAGCCAGGCCACGACUGAGAUGAAAGAAACAGCUAAAGCACGUUCUAUGGAUGAUCACCAGAGCGUUGAAGAAGAAUCACCUCCAUCACCACCUUACAAAGAAUCACCAUUUAGGAGUGAAGGCCGUACCACUGGGUUGGGAAGAGCCAGCGGUAUCACCACAUAUGCUGCUUCUAUCCUCCAGCAAGGUCCGCAGGAACAGCUUCUCCUGGCUAGGGAGAUCCUGGAGAGAGCCUUACAGGGUGUGUCCUUUGCCAGGUCGGCUGUUGCCCUGACAGAUGGCAAGUCCAUCGCUGAUGUAACCUGGGUCAAGGACUUGAACACAUCUUCUCCAUCCGCUGAUAACCAACCAGCUUCUCAAGCAGAUGAUACCCAGCCAUCUCUGACCACACCAGCUCCAAAACCUCUGGAGGACGAGGAAGGUGCUGAUGGAGUCUUCAACACCAUCAUGGAUCUUCACCUUGAGCUGCUCUACAUGUAUCACAGGGUCUGUCUGAAGCUGGCCCAGACCCAGGGGUCAGGGGCGUGGAAGAAGUCCCCCAAAGAGUCCAAAGGAUCGGCCAAAGCUUCGGUCAAUGCGUCGACCAGAGGAUCAGCCAAGAGCACAGCAGUACCUAGCAGGAUUGGUAGCACCAGGAUGAGAGGGAAUGAGCUUGACAGCAUGGCUAUUGAUACCGUUGAGGAGCUACUGGAUUACUGCGACAAGAACCUUAUUUCUAAGGCACUCUUCGCCAUGCAGCAGGCUUUACAGGCUGAUAAGGGCUCUGGACCAAGCCAACAGCAGAAACAGCUACUUCAGGAUGCUAUGAACUACAUCACCAAAGCCCAAGACCAGGAACUGAAACUCUUCAACAAUAAUGCAAAGGAAAAGGAAGAAGGCAGUGUACGAGAAAGUGGUGUUCCGCCAGCACCAUUGCUAGUAUGUCGGACUGAUAAUAGCAUGGUGUUUAAACCUGCUCCAUACAACCCUCCUCAGAAGGUUGCAUGGUACCGCCUGUUUGCUCGGAAGUCCAGUGGUAGCAAUGUUAAAGUCAGAUUGAAUGACUACACUCUGCCUGGCACUGGGGAAGAGGUCCCUGCCUAUGACUGCGAGCUCCAUGUGACGGGGUUAAAGGUCAAUGAACGUUAUGUGUUUGCCGUGGCAGCGUACACCGAUGAUGGUCAGCUGAUAGGGGAUGCUAUAGGAGACACCAGUAGGCCCAUCCUAGCCUCACAUCCUCUGCCUGUUCUCAUGACAUGGGCAUUCCUAGGACAGGCUGCUUACCAGGUUGGAUGUUAUGACAUUGGACUGACAGCCAGUAGGGUUCUAUGGGAUCACUUUGUGGCUCCCAUCCCACCCCCAUCUGCCGAGAUUCAAACAGAGACGGCAAGAGAAGACUACCAACUUACACUCAGAAAGUUGAACCCGCAGACGGCAAGUGUUGCCUCACCCCUUCUACUGAGGAUGUUCCUGAGUAGUAUCUUCAUCAAUGUUGACAUCUCCAUGAGAGAUGGAAGCAUCUACUGCAACAAGCUUUGUGACACUGGACCCUACUAUAAAGGACAGACGCAAAGAUUGUUGAACUGCGAGAGAAUGCUUGUGGCUAUUGAGUUAGCUGGUUGGUUGAAUGAGACCAACAUGGCUCUUCAGGCUGUUGUACAGUGCUAUGGACUUCUGGCCCCGGUCAUCCAUUACAAGAUCCCAUCUAUUCCUGUUGUGCAGGUGUUGACCCAGUGCUGCGCAGUGCUCCAGGACAUCCCCAACAGUAUGAGACAGCGUCGGCAGCAGUCUGUGUCAGACAGCCUUCAUCACAUGGUCGCUACAAUCACUUUCUACAUGGCCAAGGUUCUACGCACAUGGAAGCAGAGAUCACUUGCCAAUCACGUCAUCGAGGCAGGCAAGAAGAUGCUGGUUGUAGAAAAGGAUGAGAAAGGUGGGAAGUCGGAAGGAGGUAACAUCGACUUCAUCGAAGACGGCGAGGGUGGCGGAGGAGCCAAUGUCACCCAGAAGAAACGCAAGGCUAAGCGGUCUGGGCAACCGUCCAUAGCUCUGGAAGGUAUUCAGAAUGAGGAACUGAGUGCACUCGAAGCACACAUGCUCAGACUGUCUCGUCUAGCCCAAAAUGCAGAUGAGUUGACUGGGUCAGAGGAUCCUAACAUCCUUCAUGCGUUCAUUGCCACCCUCCCAAGCAGGCAUGCAUAUCGAGAAGUGGUUAAGUUCCGUCGUCGGGCCCGUUAUCUGGAGUUCUUUGUUCAGGUUGUACAGAAGGCAUUGAGUGAAGGCCUGGUAGAUGUAGCCAUUGAAUGGUGCGAGGAGACUAUCACAUGGCUUGUCAGACGGAACGACCAGCUGUCGGCUGUGAAAGCUACCCUCAACAAGGGACCAGGUGGAGCCGCAGUGGCUGGGGAUGAUCCUAAGAAAUAUGCUGCUGCUGUUCUGGAAUACUCAAAGACUGCCAACGCCAAGCAAGCUCAAGCCAAGCAACCCGAUUCAAAGCCUGCACCGAGACGAAGGAAGAAAGGUUUCCAGCUCCUAGUUCACAUGAGAUCCAACAUUCGUAUGUCUGACUCAGCCAAGCAGCAACAGGAAGAUAAAGAACUCCUGGCCUUUGACAAGUUGGAGUGUAUCUACCCAGAGUUCUACCGCACUGCUCGCAAGAAGAUGCGACUUAGACGAAUCACUAAUGAUGAAAUGCCUUGGAGAUCACAGAUGAACAUCCUGCAAGGUUUGUGUCACUUUGGUCAGUUUCUGGACAAGGUUGAGAAGAGAAACAAGCUUCUUGGUCCAACAGCUGGUGAUAUCUACAGGUCAUCCUACUUGGACAAUGAAUGGUUCACCUUUGAGACUGCAAGCACCCUCGUAGUAGGUUGGGAUGGGGGAGCCUCCAGGACUGUGACCCGUCAGGGGGAUGGCUCUCAGAGCGACCCGAUCAUCAAGCAAUUGCAGCAGAUAGAUGGCUAUGACAUGAACCCUUACCUCACCAACCAACCAUCGGGCAUUGAGGCCGCUGCUCUUGCUUCAGUUGGAGAACCCGUGCCGGUGCUUCCUCCUCCUCCCGAUGACAAGGAAUCGGACACCAUGAAGACCUACCAAUCUACAGAGACCGAGAGGAGCGGUCCCAACGUCCAGCAGCCAUCGGUAGAUGUCAGCGGAUUCACCCUCCAGGCUACCAUCGACAGUCUCAAGAAAACAUUUGAACAUCUGAGGAAAGCUGUGAUCCUUGCCCAUCGGGGUCACCACUGGUCCCUGCUUCAGAAUGCCUGCCGUAGCAUGUGGAACUGUGCUCACACGGCCAUCCUCUACUGCUUCUCGGGAGGACACUCUGCAGGACUCCUGACUGUAGAUGCCUUGAGAGGAGUGGUGUGGUUUCCUUUCUUCCUAGCCGUAGACUGUCUCCUUGACAUGUUAGUCCAUCUACAGAAUGAGACAGACAAGCAGAAGAAGAAGAAAGGAUCGCAGCCGGACGUCCUUCUCAACACCUGGGUUGGUUCCGUAGCGGAUGAGAAGGGCGGUGCCAGUCUCAAGUUUGAAUCGCCCCUGGAUGAUGUUAGCAGUGUAGAUUCCCGCUGGAUCAGACGCAUGGUGCUUCGGGUCAUGGAGAUGCUCUAUUAUGAACAGAAGUGGGAGAAGCUGGCUGAUGUAGCUAUGAGAUUCAAUGUUUUGACUCAGGAACGUUACUCUGAAGUUGUCAGUCCUCUCUUGGUCCAGGCCCAACGUAAGCUGGUAUCCAGGGUCUCGGCCUACGGAGGAGAGCCUCCGGUCCAGGCCCACUUCAAGGCUGCUGCCCUGAGUCAUGGAGUGGACAAGGUGACCGCAGAGAACUACAUGAACAUACAGCUGAUGGUAGCCUUUGACAGGACCAUGAUGAAACCGCUUGACAUGGGCGGUAGGAUUGACCCUGAGGGACACCAUGUCUAUGGGGGAGCGUCUGAUGCCUUCAAGGUGUCCAGUGUACCUUUGGAGAUAGGUGACAGCCUGGAAGGGUUCCGUCAUGCCCUGGAGAAAUCAAACUAUACCGCCAGGGCCCUGCAGCAUAGUCGACGCCUCAUGAUCCUCUACCUGGCCGCUCAGCAAAAUGCUCAGCCAGGCAUGAGCCUCCAUUCAGAACAGAGUAGAGUGGGCUUCUCUGAGACCGAUGACAAGCCUCAGACAACGGUGCCUCCCGACCUCAUGAAGUCGGAGUUCAAGUCAAUGUCAGAGGUCGAGACUGCUGCCCUGCCGACCUCCCAACUUGCAGUGGUCGUGUCCUCCUAUGACAAGACAAUAGAGAUGUUGAUGGCCCGCAAGCAGUCUGGAUUAGCAGCACAAGCCAUGCACGAACUUGGAAACAUCCACUAUCACGCUUCUAAUAUCAAGGCAGCAUACAAGUGGUGGAGUGAGGCUCUAGAUCUGAUCUUAGGAACCAACGACACUUUGACCACAUGGAGAAGACUUCUAAGUGACCAACAAGCAGAGAAUGUUAGCAGUCAAUUGCUUGACCGAUGUGGCAUGUGGGGUUGUCUUCUAGGGGCUAUGCUGGCAGCAAAGAUUGCCCAAUAUGUAUUGACCUCUGACCUUGGUAUGAAGCUGGAGGCAUGCUUCCUGUCUGCGUUCCUCUUCAAGGCCCUGUUCCGUACCACCCUGCCUCACCCCACCGCAGACCGGGACUAUGCCCUCUAUGAGAUAGGGGAGGGAUGUGAGGUCCAGUACCUUGUUCCUGGAGUGGACCUCCUGUCUGACAGGUUCCGCUGCGAGGGAAGGACCCUGAUAGCGACCCUGCGAUGGGUCGCAGAAGAAUUAUCAAGAGCUAAACACAAUCUCAUGGUACUCCCACUUCUGACCCUCUAUCAGUACAUUGUGACCUUCUUGUGCCGUGACCUUCAGAGAGCUGUGGAUGGCCGAAUCUUGAAGUUGAGGAUCUUGACUGAUCUUGGCCUGUACAAUGAAGCAUAUAUCGUACUUGGGAGGUUAUUACAUGGAGAGCGACUCCCUCAGACUGCUGACAAGAACUUCAGACAAGUAGAGUCUAAGAUGCUUACACAGAAGUUUGAUACUGGAAAACCACUUACGGAGGCAUCGAAUCUGAAGAUGUUGGAGUACUUGAUGGAUAAGCGCGUUUCUCCAGCUUUGGCGAUUCUCUACGGUCCUCACAUGACAUGCCACCUGUCAUUGGCUCAGGCUCACCUCAUGGUGGCGCUAGCUUCUACCAUACACGUCAUUCCAGAGAAGGAAACAGCUAGCCAGACUCCUCCACAGCGCGUUUCCCCUGUAACAGUGAGCUCAGUCAACAGACCAAGCAAGACGAGCAUCUCCAAGAAAGAUGGCAAGAAUGGUCAGAAAUUGAUCAAGGAUGAAGAUGAUAACUCAUUACACAGUAUCCCCUUGAGCGAAGUCACAGUGAAGAAGUUUUCUAGUGGAUCCAAUCUACUCACCCUGGAGAAGAUCAAAGGUACUCUCUUGAGCACUGCUGACCAGGUAUUGAAACUGAUGGUGGAGGUGCUUCAAGAGCACUGUCCAAAGAAUCUUUCUGCAUCUGAGCUAGAGCUGGUGGCCCUAACCAAACUAGAGCAAGCAGCGAUCUUGAGAGAGUAUCAUCUGUCUCAGUCUGGAGCAGCAGUGGUCAUCUCGGCUCUCCAUGACAUCCAGGCCAGCGAUCUCUUCAAGGAAACCAGGAAGUCCAUCUCCCCUCGCAGACCCUCGUCAAUGAAAGGCAGUCGCAUGAAGCUCUCAUCCAACCUCUUCCCUUCUAACAUGGAGAGCAGCGAGGAUAUCACCAACCAGCCUCAGUACCAGUACCAGAACUUCCAGAGCCGCUCCCGACUUGACGCCCGUCUCUGGCUCGAUUGUCGCCUCUCACUGGUCAAGUGCCUCAUGAUGCAGAUCAGGGGUAUGGGGAUCCUUCCAGGUGCUGGUGGUGUUGGAGAUGUCGGUGAGUGUCGGCAGUACUGCAUGCAGGGUCUGACUGAAGCUGAAGCAUGCGGGGAUGUUGAGAUGCAAGCAGAGUUCCUCAUGCAAGGCGCUCUGCUGGACAUGCAUGACGGGAGAGUCUUGGAGGAUGUUCAACAUACCUUCAAGGAAGUAAUCACCUUACUGAGUGGUCAGCAGACCUUGUCACCUCCUGCCAAUCUACUGGUCAUCUUGGCCAAGGUUCAGCUAGCUGACCUCGAGGCCUUGACUGCUACAGCGUACCAGCAGAAGCAUGGCUGCCCGAUCACGAAGCAUCUCCUGAAGGCUUACCAGGAAGCGCAGGAUAUGUUGCUCCAGCAGAUCAAGUUGCUUGGUGAUUCUACUUCCCGGCACACCAUCCAUCCUGAACUCUCGGCCCCUACCAGCCCACUUCAGAACCUCUACCUACCGCACCUACUCUACUUGGCUAAGAUCAAGCUGAGACUGGGACAUACCUUGGCUAGACAGGCAACGAUGGCUCAGGAGGUCAAGCCAAAGAAGAAUGCAGAGAAGGUUGAUCCUCUGAAGGCUUGGGCCAUAAGUGCAGGUGUCCUAGGUACAGCCCUGGAGCUCUGCAGGGUGUGUGUCAUCAAGGAUUCCGCAGUCCUUGCUGAAGUUCUUCUACAGCUAGGCAAGGUUCAGAGCCAGCUUCACCAGAGGGGUGGCCCACGUGCCUGCGAGGUUAGGGUGGUCGGCAACACGCUCAUGGAGGCCAUCGUUACAAGCAUCGGGGCUAAUCAAGACCUUGGAUUGAUCCGACAAGCUUAUCUUGAGAUGGCAGUGGUGUACUUCAGCAGUAGCCAGCAGCCUGAGCCGCCAAUGCCUCCACCGGACACUGCCACAGAGAAGAAUGUCAGCCUCUCAAAACCAUCAAGCACCAAGAAGAAAGUCAGAACCCCAUCAUCUGCGAAGAAGUCUGCCCUCAGCACUCCAGCAUCCGGCAAGGCUCCCACGAAGAAAGAGGAGGAACGACAGAACUUCAUCAGGGAUAGACAGAACGAGAGACAAGCUGCUUGGACCGCUCUCCGUUGCGCCACAGCCAUCGCUCUUGCUCAGCGGACCCAGACCCUGCUGAUUGGUGACCCCAGCGUGACCUCCUUGACCCUGACGGAGAAGGUCAAGGAUCAACUGUCGGCUCCGAUUCAGCAGGAUCUGUUUGGUGAUAUGAUUGGUGACCUAGUCGUACUGACUCCGCCUCCCACGGCUCUGACUGGCAAUCAACAGCUGGAGCCGGUUGAGGAGGCUCUUAGCGGAGGCAGACGCAGCGUCUCGGGCUUCAGCAACACCGGCGCGGCGGGCAGGGAGGUACGUGUCUCCCUGACCUGGAUCCAUCUCCUGGCGUAUACCUCCAUCCUGCAGAGGAUGUGCAACUUGGAUACCUUGGCACUGGGAGAUACUGGGUCUCCGUCACCGGUCAAUGGAGGAAAUCUUGGUGGCAACUUUGAUCUUGGUUUUGUGGACCACAGCGGUCAGGACACGGGUGUGAACCAUGAGAUAGUACGAACCCCUCUCUUGAGCAGCCAUGCCUCCCUUCGCCUGCAGACCAUGGUCAGCUUCCUAACCACCAACCUCCCCAUCUUCGCUUCCUCCUGCCUGGCUAUCACCCCUCCAAGCAUCCUCCAUCUCCCCUCACCCUCGUCCUCCGAUCCUACCUCCGACGAUGCCCCCUCGUUGGUCAUACCCACGGUUACCUACCCAGCCAACAGCUACACAGCUCCGGUCUGCGUGCUCGCAGGUCAGGCUGCCCAGGGACGGAGCCUGGAGAAGCUUGCAGGGGGAGCCGACGAGACGGAGCUCUGCUUCCAGUGGUAUCAGCCAAGCUAUGACGACAUCACUGUAGGAGAGGGAAGUAGUGGGGAAAAGGGACGUGGUGUCUUCCUUCUCUAUGCACUCAGUCAGCCACCUGUUACUGGAUCGGCCAAGUCAAAGAAAGACCCUCCCCCUCCACCGACACUGGGCAAGUUAACCCUAUCCCUCUCUCAACUGACUGAUCUCCACGAUAAGCUAGCUGUGGUUCGUCAGCGGGCUGAGAUCUCCCUCUCUGAGCAGCCUAAGCCUCCUAGCACCCCGGCUGCGAGCUCCCAUGGGGGCACUGCCACCCCUUCGUCGGCGGGCAGUGGCUCCAGCAGCAAACCUACCAGCAGGAAGUCCAAGCGCACCCAUCGCAUCGCCCAGCUCUCAGCCAAGGUUAAGAAAGACGAAGACCUGGAGGCUUUGUUGAAGCAAUGUUCCUUGAUUGUAGAGCAGCUACUACAAGGAAAAGAAGACUUUGAACCUACACCUGGAUACAACAUCCCCUUUGAUGUGAAACUAGCCAGCAUUCACUGUCUUGAGCAGCUAUUUGAUCCAAGUCACGGUGACUGCAUCAGUGAUACCAAAAUCAUCGCAUGGUUACUCUCAUUUCUACAACCAGCUCCAACUGAUACAGUUGAAGAUUAAUGUUUAAACACCCAUUCAAUAUGAAAGUGGUCAUCAUUUAUUGUCAUGAGCAGCUGUUGGAUCCAAGUCACGGUGACUGCAUCAGUGAUACCAAAAUCAUCGCAUGGUUACUCUCAUUUCUACAACCAGCUCCAACUGAUACAGUUGAAGAUUAAUGUU